AUGCCUAAAAACUUCUUCCGGAGCGCUCUAUGCCUCCUCAUAACCAUCCUCCAUAUACACGCCGCCGCCGCCCAAACUCCGCCGGAUGCCAACGGCGCCUCAUACUGUAGUCUCAGCGUCCUCAGCAUGACUACGACCCCCACCACGCUCUACAUCCUCGGCGGUUCACAAUCAUGGGCCUCAGACAUGGUAGCAUGGAACGGGCCAAAUAACGUCCUCCGCACCGUCGAUAUUAGCUCGUCAUUUCGGAUCACCGACGGGAAUGUCAGUAGCUAUGCGAAGACAACCACCCUGCCGCUCAAUGUCCCGCGCCUGUCGCGCCCGCUGUGGUGGCCGACGGAGACCGAGGAGAUCAUGAUGGCGCUCGGCAAGCCUGAGCCUGGGAACCGCACAUUGUGGGGUGAUACAGGGGUGGCGAGCGUGGAGAAAAGGUGGUGGUAUAGUGUGGAUGGUGGGGCGUGGCGAGAGGAUACUGCGGACAUGGCGUUCGGGUUCUCGGUGGGGGCGCCGGUGUCGAGUGAGGCGAAUACGUGGGUUCCAGAAAGGCAGAAGGGAUAUCAGUUGGGUGGGAGGACGUAUUCGGUGGAUGAUCAGGGAGCGGUGGCCGAAGGUGUGGAGACUGGGGCGUUGUGGGUGUUUGAUAAGGCCGGAGAUGCGUGGAGCAAGGAGGAUACGCCGUUUGGGGUGGUGGGGUCUGCGGGGACGGGGUUGUCUUGGGUGGGCGUUGGGGACGAUCAGUUGAUCGUGAGGUUUGGAGGUGUGGUGAAUAGGACUUGGGCGUCCAUGCUCGAGAUUGAUAUAUAUAGCACCAAGCUAUCAAAAUGGUACAAGCAAUCCCUCCCCGCAGACGCCGCACACCCACCCCCGCGCACCGAGUUCUGCACCGUCGCCGUUAGCGCCGCCGACAACUCCAGUCACCAGAUCCUGAUGCUCGGUGGUGUCGAGGCCAACGCUACGGGCGACGGCACCGGCGACACCGUCACCACAAUCUGGGCACUCACACUCCCGUCGUUUGACUGGGUUCUCCUGCCAUCCGCUGUUCUCGACGAGGCCGCGGACCCGGGCGGUAGAAUCUCCCCGAAAUGUGAGGUGAUUGGUGAGAGAUAUGUGUUUCAGUUUGGCGGCAGAAAGGCCAUCAGUUACGACUUUCCGACGUGUGAUGUGAAUGCGAGUGCGGCCUUUUUGUGGGAUAUAAAUACGGGCACAUGGACUGAUACGUUCUUGGUCGAUAAUGGCGCGUAUGAGGUGAGUAGUGAGGUGCGUGCGGUCAUUGGUGGGAGCGCCAAUGGCAAUGCGACAAAACUGGAACCUGAUAACGGGUUCAGCGACAAAGAACUGGGCUCGAUAUUCGCAGUUACGGCCGGCUCCAGCACGCCAACAGCUUCACCCGAGCCCACCGCAGCCUCCACUAGCACCAACCGCGGCGCCAUCAUCGGCGGGGCUGUCGGGGGAACCCUGGCCUUUCUGGCCUUAUCUGGCAUUGGGAUACUACUCUUCCGGCGCCGCCAGCAGCGCCAACAGCCUGAAAGUACUCUCGAGCCCAAGGACUUUAUUGGCCUCAACAGCCCAACAUCGCCAGACGAAUAUUAUCACCCGCGCGAGCUGGAAGUCGACGCAAAUUCACGGUGGGAGAUGGUUUGUAACGCGGAAGCGUCGCCGGUAGAGAUGCCGGCGCGGAGGUCGGUGAUGGAGCUGCCAGCACGGGGGUCAGUGCUAGAGAUGCCGGCGGGUUAUGGUCAGGAGAAGCAGGUGCCGCCGGAGGUUCGGAGGAAGAAGGUUCCGGGGCGGUAG